AUGCUCAAACUGUUUUGGAAAAGGAUGGACGAGGCGGCGGAGGGAGUAGGAGUGGGAGGGGGUGCCGGACACGAGGGAGGAGGCGAGGGGGCGCCACGCGUCGUGGUUGAGUACAGCUACGAGGAGGAGGAGGAGAUCGAGGAGGAUACAUCGAGACAAGCUCAGCACAGGGUGAGCGGCCCGGGCGGCAAUGCGGACGAGCAGGAGGGCUCGAGCUCGGAAUCGAGCUCCGGCUCGAGCUCGAGCGAUGAGUCGAUCGAGCACGACGGCGAGGGUUUAGGGUUAUAUCCAGGUUGGACGGAGCGUACGGAGAAGCGCGGAGUGGCGCUCGGGGAGCGGGUGGACGAGCAGCAGUCGACGGGGGACGAUUGGGAUGUCGAAGAGCAGGAGGACGGAGCGGCUGGGCAGGAUUUUGGGGCAGGAGUGCAGCAGCAGGAGGGCGGGGCGGCUGCGCAGGAGGGUGAGGUCGGAGGGCAGCAGCAGGAGGGCGUGGUGGCUGCGCAGGAGGGUGGAGCGGGAGGGCAGGAGCAGGAGGGCGGGGAGGCUGCGCAGGAGCGACUCGUCGCAGUAAAGAGACACCGCACGGCCAGUGGCAGCGGACAGGCGAACCUUCGAGGGCCAGGGGCACGCUCGAAGCUCGACGAGAUGAGCGGGAAAAUCAUCGAGGGGGUGGCAGCCGCUAUCACAAAAGCGAGCGAGGACGCCGUCGAGAAGCAGCUCAAGCUUGUCGAGGAGCGGCUGGUUGCUUCGGUCGUGAAGGGUAUUGAGAAAGCCGUCAAGGAGGACUUGUUCUACUCCACCCUCCCGCCCGAGAGCAUGAAGGAGCUGAAGGACGUUGUGAGAGAAAGCUACCAAGAAGCUGAAGCUGGCAGAUUGGAAGUCCUCACCGAAGCGAUGGCGAGAGGGUUUCGGGGCUCGGCGGGCCCGUCGACGAGGUCGCGUCAAGAGGAGGGGGUGGCUGGUGUUCGCAGCGGGGUUGAGCGUCGAGUUCAUGAGCGCUCGGUUCCUCCUUCUUCUUCGGUGGGAGGACAUGUCGGCAGCCCGGUAGCAUCCCCACCGUCGCGUGCCCGUCAGACCGUCGGCAAGUCCGUCGAGGACAAGGAUGUCAUCGUACUCGACCGAUCGCCCCAUCAGCAGACCUCUGAAGCGGCACCGAAGCCUCCGCCUGAUGCUUUUGCUCCGCUGCGGGACAUGCUGCAGGGCCUCGGGAAAAAGGGUGGGAAAGGAGUGGUUGCGGGGGAGAAAAGUGGUGCCCCAAUCGGCCAGGUCGCCUCAGCCGGGAAAGGAGCCGUGGAAAAGCGAGGUGCCCCUACCCCGUCCGGCGGCGCUGCGGGGAAAGGAGCGGGGGAGAAACGGGGUGCUCCCAGCCAGGUCGCCGUCGCUGCUGGGUUGCUGUCGAAGACAAAGGCCGACUCCGCUGCGCAGCUCGGCAUUGCUGGCCGACCUGUCGAGCCUGUGGGAAAGAGGCCGUCGUCCGUUUUAGGCGACGUCUCACUUAGCGAACCGGGUUCCCCUCCUCCUGGUCCGAGGCCAAGGUCCCCUUCUGCGUCGAAGAAAAGGCUGGCUGUGACGAAGUCGACGAAGCGGGCUGCAGAGGCAACAGAGAGCAGUGACGUCGAGUUGGCGUCUACCGUCGUUGCUGCUCGACACGAAAAGUCGAAGAAGCCCAAGGUGAUCGGCUACGCCCCACCUCCUCCGCCGGACGACCAAGGCAAGACGAGAGGCUGCAAAGCUCCCUUCAAAGGACCGGGCAUGAUGUCGCGCAAGGGGAAGCCGGUUUCCGUGCAGACCGUAGGCUCGAGGAAGCGGUUCCUGGGCACUUUUGAAACGGAGGCGGACCAGAAGUUUUGUACGGCCAUCUGCUGGCGCGUGUACUUCCCCGACAUAGACCUCAAGGAGUACGAGGGGUUCACGGCGCAGGAUGAGAAGGACUGGAAGGUCUAUCUCGAUGCAGCAGCGCAUAUGCCCACCGGCGUUUGGAGCGUGGCGCAAGAACAAGGGGAAUGUCGUUUCGACGAGUGA